UUUCUCACACAAUCUUUGCGUCUCCUCCCCAAAACAUUAUAAAAAGCUCCUUUCCUUUCACCACUAACCAAAACUUCUCUUUCUUUCUCUUAAAGUUUCCUCCUGCAACACCUCGCCAUCUUCUUCUCCACCGAGCCACCCCCAUGUCUAAACUCAUGGCUUUAAGCUUUAUCUUCUCUGCUCUUUUAGGCUUCAACAUCAUUUAUCUCUCUGUAGCAGAGCUUCAGCGAUUUCAACAUGAAGCCAAAGCUGAUGGGUCUCUCAGCCUCUUGGUUAUUGGUGAUUGGGGAAGAAGAGGAGCUUAUAACCAAUCUCACGUUGCUCGUCAGAUGGGGAUAAUUGGAGAGGAAUUGGAUAUUGAUUUUAUAAUCUCCACAGGAGAUAAUUUUUAUGAUAAUGGAUUAAAGGGUGUUGAUGAUCCUUUAUUUUAUGAAUCUUUCACCAAUAUCUACACAGCAACCAGCUUGCAGAAGCAAUGGUACAGUGUUUUAGGUAACCAUGACUACAGGGGUGAUGUAGAGGCACAACUGAGUCCAGUUCUUAGAGAAAUGGAUAGCAAAUGGCUUUGCUUGAGAUCUUUUAUUGUUGACACUGAAAUUGCUGAUUUUUUCUCGGUGGAUACUACCCCUUUUGUUGAGAAAUAUUUCACAGAAAAAGAGCAUAAUUAUGAUUGGAGUGGCAUAUUACCUAGACAGAAUUACCUCUCAAAUCUCCUAAAGGAUUUGGAUAAGUCCUUGAAAGAAUCCACAGCAAAAUGGAAGAUUGUGGUAGGCCACCAUACAAUCAAAAGUGCUGGACACCAUGGGAACACCCAAGAGCUCAGUUCACAGCUCCUCCCAAUCCUUCUGGAAAACAAUGUGGAUCUUUACAUAAAUGGGCAUGACCAUUGCUUGCAGCACAUAAGCAGCAGUGAAAGUCCGCUUCAAUUUUUGACAAGCGGAGGCGGCUCCAAGGCUUGGAGAGGAGACGUAGAUUGGUGGAAUCCGAAGGAAAUGAAGUUUUAUCAUGAUGGUCAAGGUUUCAUGUCUAUGGAGAUUACACAAACUCAAAUGGAUAUUGUGUUCUAUGAUGUUUCUGGCUAUAUUUUGCACAAAUGGAGCAAGAACAAAGAGCUUCACUCUACCAUUUAAGCAAGUUAUUUUGCUUCAACAAGAUGAAGAUGAAGAAGAAGAUGAAACUGAUGGGAGCUUGGGAUUAAGAUUGAGGAAGGGAUAAUGUUAUCUUGUAGACUUGUAGUCUUUGUAUUUUAUGAGAAGGGAAAAUUAGAGAAAAAAAACUAUUUAAAUUA